ACCACCACUUCUCAAUUGUCGAGGAAUAUCAUUUCGCUCAGCCAGUCACUUAUUGGCAAUGUCCUCGACGGCGAGGACAUCACAUUCAUCUAGGAGGGACCACCAGUCGGUGUCAUCUGUAGCAGGAUCUUCGAGGAGCGAGCGUUCAAGCAGAGGGAACGGAAGCCCUGCUGUAGAAUCGACAGUAACACGGCUGCUUGUUGCGAUUAAACAGUUGUUGGAGUCCCUGACGCAAUGGAGUAAACAACAAGCUACAGAAACUCAUGUCAGUGACGUCUACGUCCAGCUAGGGAAUGACUUCAAUGCUGCAGUUGCUGCGUUUGCGGCUUUCAACAUUGACAUGAGCGAGCUCCUCUCUGUACCGGAUGACUUGCGAGGGAUCCUCGAGCAAUGUUUGGCAGAAGAUGCAACGCCAGAGAACCUGGAAGUAUUCCUUCCGGAAGUACGCAAGAUUAUCACGAACUUACUACAGGGAUUACGCACGAAGCAACACAUAUAUCGGAAAAUAGUUUCCGAACAUAAACAUCAAUCCUCCGUCUCAUCCGCGUCAGAGCGACCAGAAAGUGCAGUUGCUUCCAGCAGAAAAUCUUCACGAUCUCAAAUCGAGUCCUCGGACUUGUCAUCUCGCAGAAGUGCACAAUCGUCAUCGAGACGAAAAGAGUCUGUCUCGAGCUCACGCUCAACGCCGAACGGCGAGUCCGAUCGCUUUGUUGGUGGGUUCGCAGUGCCAAACGGUGCUGGGGAACCUGUACCUCAUCGAGCAUCGACGCCACGAUCGCAACCACAGCGACUACCUUCUGCCACCGCCAAUGGUUAUCCUCCCUCACGGUCCUCAUCCGCUUCCGCCUCUGUAUCUCGCGAGUCUGUGAAUGGAGGCCCUGAAGCCCCUCCACGGGAGGAAACACCUCCAGUUCCUCGUCCGCCUUCAGUUUACGCUCCUGUUCCUAGCCAUGUCCCGCGAUUCUCACUGUCUGAUAAGCCUAUCUCCUCACCAACACCUCCGCCUGCAGUUGUAAUCGAGGAAGCACCGCCAUCGAGCGACGACACACCUACAGCUCGGCCGUCGGCUUCUAGUUCGGCGACACCUUCGCCUGUUAAUACACCACCGAUAGACUCUCAAACGCCUGCUAUCGAAAGUUCAUUAACUGCUCUGAAAAGCCAUGAUGUACUAGAACGUCGAGCAAGCAAACGGUUCUCUACGUACAAUAUCUCGAAGAUGACUGGCGGUUCGAUGCGCUCGAAUGGCGGUGGCGGUUCCCGGAUGUCUAUGGCUGCAUCGUCGGCAUUAACGCCCGGAGAUCUGGCUGUCCUGACCGAACAGGAGGAGGGUCCCGUAACUCCGUCGAAGCGAGAUCGAAAUAAGACUUCACAACGGUCGAGGCCGCCGUCCACAAUCAUUGAGGACGACGAGACACCACCUCCUGUACCACCACUACCUUCUCGGGAGCCUUCUCCGCAGAAGCCUUCGAAACUAACAACGUUAGAUGAACCGAAACAAGCAUCCUCGGUCUCAUCAUAUAGUCCUUCUCCUGUCGAGCAGACGCCGAAGACAAUUACGGUGUUCUUGCAGGUAGGACGUGAAGUGAAGAAGGCGCAGAUCGAACCUGGACUUUCAUUUUCGAGUCUGCGCGUGUUAUUCGUGGAUAGGUUCUCGUAUAGUCCUGGGAAGGACAACUUCCCCGCCAUAUACAUCCGAGAUCCUUCCACUGAGGUUCAGUAUGAGUUAGAAGAUAUGGAUGAGGUCAAGGAUAAAUGUCUCUUGUCCUUGAAUAUCGAACCUCUUGACCAGAUCAAGCAACAUAUCGACACUCAGAUAUCUUCACUUUCUCAGGACAUCAAGGAUCUGCGUACCAUAGUCAUGAACAGCAGACGAAACUCGAUAUCGCCACCAAUGAUUAUCGGUCAGCCUCUCACCGAAAGCACACCGGCUCCCGCACGUCCUUCGGAACGUACCUUCCGGAAUGUUGCUCGUCAGAUCACACGUAUCUUGCCGGAAGGUGGUGAUAAAACACCUCAGCAACACAAGCCAGAACCAUUGGUACAGCAAGCGACAGGAAUGUCACUGCAACCGCAGACGACUGGCGCAUCUGUCAUGUCAGAGUACUCUUCACGUGUCGUCGUGGACCUGAAGACCCAAUUCGACGAGGUGCAGAACCUGCGAAGAGAUCUCGGUAUAAUGCGUCAGCUGUACACAGAGUUUAUGAAGCAGACCAAAGAGUCUUUGGGGACGCUGAGAUCUCAGACGCAAAACGUCAGACAGUUGGCUACUGCAAAAGUCGGUGGCGCCCGUGCCUACAUCGACGAUGGAAAAGCGAAGUUGGAUGCCCGAAGUCAGAACGUGCUCACGAAGAUGGAGGAACUCCAAGAUACCGUAGAGGGUAUCAAGGACGACGUUCUCAAGCGGAAUGUCUCUCCUCGUCCGCAAGUCCUCAAGAGCAUCAAGGCGGAUAUCGAAUCUGUGAAUGCUGAGUUGCAAAGCUUGAAGGAUCAUAUCCAGACUGUCAAACCCAUGUGGAAGAAGACGUGGGAAGAAGAGCUCCAGAACAUUGUCGAAGAGCAACAAUUCCUCAGUCAUCAGGAGGAGUUCCUUGGCGAUCUACUUGAAGAUCACAAAGCCGUCAUCGAGGUGUACGGUCACGUCGAAAAGGUCAUAUCGCUACGAGGAACUUCCGGUCGACGUCCAGGACGAAACUUCAAACCUCCACCGCCUGAGGAAGGUCACGGUGGUCUGAGCACCGUCAUGCUUGAGAUCCGGGGUGCUGCCGUCGAUCCUCAGCGUCGACUGAAGGCUAUUGCGGCAAACGAGAAGAACAGAGAGAAAGAAUUAGCAGCUCGUUCAGAUGAAUUCCAAGCUGAAUUGAGCGGGUUCGUCGAGGGGAAGAAAUUGAAGAUGACAGGUGGUGCUGAAGAGGCAGAACGAGUGCGACAACGGCGAAAUGAUAACACCUUGAAGGCAAUGUUCUCGACUCCCAGUCUUGUAUCGUCAGAUCCAGCCUCAGAUGAACCCACUUCUCCGCCCCCACUUCCAGACAAGGCGUGAAGUAUUAGACUUCCUUUCUCUUUGCGGGACAAUUGGACGCAUACCAUCUUCAUUCGCUUUCGGACUUUCAUUCUCUUGUUAUUGUACCAGCGUUCUCUUGUAUACGACAUGUUAACUUUGCUCUCCAUAAUCUUCCUGUCUUAAUAGUCGGACAGUAGCUGUCUUCGGAUAUAAUCCCUUUUGCUGGUCUUUAUUCUGGUGAGUGGUACGCAACUCUUGCAUAUUUGGGGCUAGAAUAAGGACCAUCUGCAAUAUCACAUUGCAAUAAUGCGCAACCUUUGGAAGAUGUGCGUUCAUUGCUGUAACGGUAGCUUUCUAAUACUGCAUUGCUGGCAUUUCCUUGCUCUAUUUUGCUCGCCCGCCGCACCUGUUGGUCUGAUACUUCAUGCAUCAUGCUUUGUACUUACAGGCGCUUUUUUUUCUUCAACGCUUCACUGAAUGAGCCUGAUUCAGGCCAAUGCUAGCAACCUAGCAUUGGUGUGGUGCAUAUUGCUGGCUUCUCCUGAUCUUUGCUUGUAACUACAGGCUUCAGAACAAUAUUGUGAAUUUUGUCUCCAUAAUAAGAUGUAGCCGUAUGAACUC